CAGGAGCAGGACAUCGGUGCUGCGCUCUGUGAUCCGCCGCACAUUAAUAAUAAAAAAAGAGAAAGAACCCUUUCCAUAUGCUCUUGGAAGAGUGGCCAGCCCGCGCACCGUCCCAUGAGCGGGGAUAGUAAGAUGAUUACCACUUUCCUCUUGACCUAAGAGACACCACAAGAUAAGAAUUAUUGGUUCUUAAUUUGGUUUUCUGACUGGAUGCGUUUUUGAAGAUAAUUGAGGGAGUUUUGUGUGUGUUGUGAGGCGGGAGGACACGAGCCAGGAAUGGUUUGGGCACUGACGUUGAGGCUGGGUGCUGUUAUGGCUGUUAUAACGCUGUUCUUCGCUCGUGAAGAACACCGCCCCGAGAACAAGUGAGGAACACACCCUCUUUACUCAUCAGUAACUCACCGUAAAGACAAAAUACAAAACAGAAACAAUUUUUCGAGAGAAAAAAUAGCAUCAGAAUUAUUUCCAAUCAAUUUCGCACAGUGAUUGCAAAAUUUGAUCGCGGAUAAGACCGUAAAAAAUUGUGUGAGAGUUGUGUGGUCAUUGAUGGUGUCUUGAGUAGACGUGACCACCUUCAGCCUCGCCCCCAGGACGAGGCAGGCCAGCCUCUGCCUGCCACAACCUGUAUUUACCCCGGGCGAAGCACCUGUAGCAGGCCAUGGAGUGCGUUUGGGUGUGAGGAGUCGUCAGGUGCGUGGCCUCUCCCUCUGCUGGACACCUCCACAACACCUCAACGGUCCUUCUUCCCCUCAGCAUGUUGACCUGAAGCUGUCAAGGAGUAUAGCGUCCAGUUGACCUUCCGGGAGGAGUGGGUAGAUGAACGGCUCAUGUUUGACGACCUUGGAGGGCGCAUCAAGUACCUGACACUCACAGAGACCAACAAGGUGUGGAUGCCGGACCUGUUCUUCAAGAAUGAGAAGUUGGGUCACUUCCACGACAUUAUUCUUCCUAAUGUUUAUCUCCGUAUCUUCCCCAACGGCGGCGUCCUCUACAGCAUCAGAAUUUCAUUAACGCUCUCAUGUCCAAUGAACCUACAACUAUACCCCCUAGACACUCAAACAUGUGAACUGCUUUUGGCAAGUUACGGGUGGACGACUGAAGACUUGGUCUUCCUGUGGCGUGAGGGAGACCCCGUCCAGAUCACUCAGAACCUCCACCUGCCUCGCUUCACCCUCGAGAAGUUCCUUACAGAGUAUUGCAACAGCAAGACCAACACAGGAGCCUACUCGUGCCUAAAAGUGGACCUGCUGUUCAAACGGGAGUUCUCCUACUACUUGCUCACCAUCUACAUCCCCUGCUGCAUGCUGGUGAUCGUGUCGUGGGUCUCCUUCUGGCUGGAUCAGAACGCUGUGCCUGCUAGGGUCUCUCUCGGGGUCACCACCCUCCUUACCAUGGCCACUCAGACCUCCGGCAUCAACCAAUCGCUACCUCCUGUCUCAUAUACCAAGGCCAUCGACGUGUGGACAGGGGUGUGCCUGACCUUUGUCUUCGGGGCGCUGCUGGAGUUUGCGCUCGUCAACUACGCCUCCAGGUCAGACAUCCAUCGGGAGCAGAUGAAGAAACAGCGAAGACAGUGGGAACUGGAGCAUCAGGCAGCCCUCGAAGCUGAGCACCUCGACUCAGACGGCCCCACCACGUUUGCAAUGAAGCCUCUGAUGCGACAACAUGGGGACGGUCUCUCCCUGGACAAGGCUCGGCAGUGUGAGAUCCACAUGCAUCCCCAGCCUCCGCGUCGAUGCUGCGGCUCCUGGCUCUCCAAGUUUCCCAGCAGGAGCAAAAGGAUCGAUGUUAUCUCCAGGAUCACCUUCCCACUCGUCUUCGCCCUCUUCAAUGUUGUCUACUGGAGCACGUACCUCUUCCGCGAGGAGGAGGAGGCUCCGCCGCACCCUUAGGCAAACCAAAGCGAAGAGGAUGCACCUGCCCUUCCCUCGGGUAAGAAAGAGGACAGUAGAACCUCCCGAGGCACCUGAGGGGGAAGGGUGUCUUCCAGGGAGGCACCCAUCAAACCCUACGGCAUGGGAGAGGAAAUAAGAAGCAUGUCCACAAGGAUUUGACUUCAAGAGAACACCAGUAAGAAAGAAAAAGUUUCGACCAAGAAAGGUAAAAGUGACGGUUUCUCAAGGUACAUGUAUCUGUCCUCUUUGCCUGUGAAUAGGGAAUUGUGCGGCCUUUAAUACCAAAGGGGAAGUCAGCCUGUCAAACGCUCACUUGCAAUACUGUACUUAUAACUCUCAACAUAGCUUUUAAUGUUUAUAAACAAGGUGGAGAAUAAAUGUACUUUAUACAGAGUUGAUCCUUUAUGGAGAUAUUUUAAAGUGCAUAAAGGAAUUCUGCUACAUGAACAUGUAGAGGAAGGGAUGUGACAUGCAUAUGUUACAUAAACACCACGACACACACUCAGCUUCAAAUGUUGUCAAACAAGAGAAAGUAAAACAGCUGUUAAGUGAGGCUGUUAUAUGUCAAUAAACCUCCUUUCAAAGCUAAAUCAUUGUCUUGUACUACUGUUAAAAUGAGACCUUUGUAAGACAAUACAAUCACAGCAGAAAUUCUCAGACCAAUGUGGAGGAAGCUUAGGAAGGGAAAAUAACUUAAAAAAUUAAUACAAAAAAUUACAUUUGCUCACGAAAAAAUAGCUCAUUUCUAGGUAAACCCAUAUUCACAGGUUAUAAAUAUAUAUUGAAGCUCAUUACAUGAGCCUUUGCAUUACAAUGUGUGGCAGCACAGUUAAACAUGCUACUUUUUUACUGUACAUCAUUGUCUGGACUCUAGAGAAACAUAGUUGUACAAUGAUCCAUUCAACAGUUUUCAACACAUGCUAAACCUAUCCUGCACCAGAACAUUGUCAUGUUUAUGGUGAUCCAAGCUUUGACCAGCUUAGACGAUGAUAACCAUGAAAUUGACCCUUGACCAUCAAUACAGUGAUGUACACCACUGUAUUACUACUUGCUUGGUUUACACAACACUCAGGUCUUGGUUCAUACAUGAAACACUACAUAAUAAAGUGUCCCAUUGCACACAUCACUGGCACAUCAAACACUUACAUUAUUCCAUAGAAAUAUUGCAGUAAACCAAUAAAAGUACAGUAUCUCACUUAAAACAAACAACUUUCACAAAAUUUUAAGCAAAAAAUAGUUCCUGAGGUUCCUCAGCUUCCUCGGCUUCCUCAGCUUCCUCAGCUGGGCUGCGUCAAGAGUCACCAAGCACUCAGUGUCCACUUACCACACCUGUACAUCUUUCCUCAAUCGUGGGAUGUUUGUUUAUAUUGUUUAAACAGUUUAUGAGCUCCAAAGCACUAUGAGGUUGUUUAUAACAGUAAUAACCUUGGGUUGGUUAGCUCCACGCUUGUAAAAUAUUUAAUAAAUAUAGAGGAUCGAAAAAAGGUGUACAGGCUCCAUAAGUGGACAAGUAAAUGCUUGGAAAAUCCAUGCCCUGACCUAUGACACAAAUUUCCAUUUUCUAAGAUGUUUUCGUUGAGGCUUAGAGUUUAAGGUCUAAAAGCGUCCACCUCCUGAGCACUCCUGCAAUGAUGGUUGAGUCUACAAAGGCUUAACAUAUUCUCGAGUGUGCUCCUUGCUUGUUUUGUAAUACUUAUGACUUGCAUUCCUGGUCAUACAAACUGUUACUCUUUUUAACAGGUGGUAUGGGAAUAUGGGACGAAUACAGAAUCAUGUAAUGCCUUAUUUAUAUGUGGAGAAUAUAAAUGUGUGUGUGUGUAUAAUAUAUAAUAUAUA